GAACACGCUCAUAGUCUGUGUUGUAUGGCUUUGAGCUAAUGCCUGCUUUUUGAUUAAUGAAAAAAAAAAAGAAACGGGAUAGCCGUUCUCAUGUUUCUCUCUGAUAUGACUUUAGGGAAAUGUGAUAAAAAAUAUUAUAAAUCAGAAAGAGAUAAUGAGAUGUAUAAAGUUGGAACCUCGAUGACAAAUGUGUUUCGAUUGAAAAGUUAUGUAUGUACAUAUAUAUGUCAGUUUAAAAAAGAGUCAACAUGAUAGAAAUCACGGCGAAACUCAUUCGAGGUUCUAUAUAUUUCUCCGGUGAAAUUAUAGAAUGUUUGGUGACAUUUACUAAUCCUCCAAAUCCGAAUCAUCAAAUAUCACAAAGUCACAGUGAUUUGUUUGAAAGUUUGGCAUGGGCAAGCGCACAGGUACAUUGCCAGUGUACAACGAAUAAUAAAAUAGUACUUUCAGAGAAGUUAAAUACUACAGCUCGUUCAGUGGCAAUCAACGCAAAUACUACCUUUGCACCAUGGCAGCAAGACAAUGGUCAUGUAGUACUAAAUACAAAACCAAAAAUUUUAUGCUGCGAUUUAAAGCUGUCACCUGGGGAAAGUAAGACCUAUUUUUAUCGCGAAACAAUACCAAGUGAUGCUCCACCUUCAUAUAAAGGACAGGCUGUAAAAUAUUCCUACAAAAUAACAAUUGGAACGCAAAGAGUGAAUACUGUUAUAAAACUAUUACGAGUACCAUUUAGAGUACUAUCUUUAAGUGAAUUGCCAGAGAUUACAGCGUGCAAUGAUAGUGUAGAUUUGAGUCCCAAUAAUCCAUUUAUGGAAACACAACACAGAGAAACUCCAUUAGAUAUUGCGCUACAAACACUGCAGAAUUUAACAGCUAGACGCAGUCCAAACUUUUAUAAUGUGACAAACGGUCGCGGGCGCGUAGUGCGAUUCUGUCUCUUUAAAAAUUCCUACAAACUUGGCGAGGACAUAGUUGGAACCUUUGACUUCUCGAAUGCGACCGUCUCCUGCGUUCAGGUAUCUGUAUCCUUACAGUCGGAAGAACAUGUAUCGGAAAAGUACAAACGAGGCAAGGUCACCACGCCAACAUUGAUUAGCUACAACAAGCAUCAUGAAAUGUGUCUGGGUCUGAAAUACUCGCACUUGGUGCUACCAAUACCUCUUCAUGUUACGCCAGAUUUUACCACCGAUCUAGUGAUGCUCAAAUGGCGGUUGCAUUUCGAGUUUGUCACGACGCCAAAGCUAGUAGAAAUGCCCAACGAGAACACCAUCAGCUGGCACGGACCAUCGACUUUGGAUGUCGAGACGAUGAUUUGGGAUCUUCCAUUGCACAUCCACCCGACCACCACGCCGCCGAACACGGCGCAACAGACGAAAUACAAUACUGACAUAUAACUAAUAAUAUAGCAUAAUAUACGUGUUUGGUAUAUGUUCGAUUAUAAAUGAACGCGAAUUAUCGCUACUCUAAUAUACAGCUAAUGCGUGUGUUGUAAAGUUAACGUAGGAAAGAAUAAGAAAUUCGUUUUUCUCUGGCGACUCUUGCGCUAUACUGUUAUUCUUCACUUUAUCAUACUUUAGAAAAUGUAUAUUUUGCAUGAUAAUUUAUUGUACACAAGAGAUAUAUUUUCGUAUAUUUAUGUGUUUGGAUAAGAGAAGUUGUAUAAUGAAAGAAUAUGUUAGAAUCAUUUUUGAGAGCAUACUUUUACAUCUCUGUGUGAUAAGUUUUGUAAUUAUAUUCUUUUCUACACACACACACA